AGAUCCCUAGGCGGCUUCAAUUCCCGCCUUUCAAAGAAGACGCAUUCCUUUCACUCAGUACGCUUGUCUUCCUUCCUCCUCCUCCUCUCUCUCUCUCUCAUGGCUUCUCUCUCAGAAUCCAAUCUAAUUUCCAAGCUCGAAUCCUCCACUUCUACUCCCGUGUUCCCCCUCUUCUGCGAUUUCCUUAUCCCUUUCAAUGAUAUACGAAAUCCCAAGAAAAACAAAUCCCAAGUCCAAACCCUCACUCGAUCUCUAGCUAAGCAGUUCCUCCCUUUCCUUAAUCGCUGUCUUUCAAUUUUGCCAAAACGCCUAUCUGAUUCCUCCAAAUUACGCACCGAGGAGAGUAACGAAUCACCGAAGCUUGUUACUGAACUUUUUGAUGUUUACGAGCUGUGUUUGGAUUGCUUGGAACUAGUUUCUUCGCAGUUAUCGUGUAAGCCUUACAUGGUGAGUAUACAGAGGGUAAGGUUGCUGUAUUGCUUGGAAGCUUGUGGAUUUUAUAAGGAAGCAGAAAAUGAAGGGUUUGGGGUUUUGGAGAAGCUUCGAGGUUUGGAUUUGGGAGAGAAGAAGAAGAGAAAGGAAAAGUUGGGGGAGUUUGUGCCCAAUGUGGUGGAGAAUGGGGAUGCAGAGUUUGCGAAGCUAGUGGUGGAGGUGGUAGUGGCCAUUGUGAAGUGUGUGGCAUUGAGGCAGGGCACAGCUGGCGGGGAUUAUAAGAAGGUUAUUAGGUUGGUGGAUGAGGUUGCACCCUGGUUCAGGGUGUUAGAUGCCAAUGCAUAUGAGAAGUUACAUAGGGUGCUUGUCACAUACUUAGGCAAAUGCACUCUAUUUUUGCUUGGGGAGCUACAAAAUUUUGACAGAGAUAUAGUGCGUGCUUUUAGUUUGACAUCAUUGAACGAGUAUGCAAAGUCAUCCUUGAAAGAUCAAAUUUACAAGUUUUCUCGCCGGAUUUGUUCCACUUUGCUCUUGCUCCAGGAUUAUGAUAGACCUUCAGUCAUCGUUGACAUGUUAAUAUGCAUUUUCAACUUUCUGGCCCGUAUGUGUAAGGUUGAAGAGCAAAAUUGGAGAAUAGAAUUUGUUGAACUUGUCUCUUAUUGUGCCAAUAAAUGUCUGACUGCAAGUACAAUUUUUUGUAGUACUUUUGCAGAACAUCUAAACAAGUUAGCUGGUGAUUUAUGUCCGGCCAUGACACCAACGGAUAUGAUUCUCAGGCUUUAUGUUGUUGGAUUGACCUAUAAUGACUCUGUUGUUAAGUCCCAACUUGCCAAUUUUACUUCCUUCGAAAGUGCGGUGAAUGAGCCUGCAGUUUGUAUUUUUCUUUCUGAUGUUGUUAGAUCUCACAGUUUGGCAUCUGUUCUUGGUUCACUGCGAAGUUACUUUUAUGACAGAUACAAGGAAAACUGUGUGUCAUAUGGUGUUGAUCACAAGGAAUCUGACUGUCUAUUAUGUUCUCAAAAGCCUUCCCAUUAUGGAAUAACUUUAGCUUGCACACAGAAGGAUAGAAGGGAUUAUUUGCUGGGCUACUUAAAUGCAUUGGAGUUCUUGUGUCAGCCGCUUGCUGAACUAAUAAACUCAGAGAAAAAACAAAUAGUUGCUAAAAAUGAGGUUGCUUCUGUUUCUACAUUCCUGUUUAGCAUUCAAGAAGCAUUUGAUCAAUUUUUUGAUGUUUUCCUUUUUAUCCACAGUACAGCAUCUAAAAAAGAGGGGGAAGAAAUUGAUGAAAAAAAGACGAUACUUAGUGUUGCUGUUGCUGCUUUUACUCUCUCCAUCAGAACAAAGCUUAAAUUCCAGAGGAAUGUGCAUCUAAUAAAGCACAUCAUUGCCAGCAAAUGGAUUCAACCCCGGGAGCUGAAAUAUAUAUUUGCCUCUCUUUACAAUCUUGGUGUACAUUUGUACAGAAAUAAGGAAGUAAAUGAGGCUUCAAAGGCGUUAAAAUUAUCUUGCAGAGCUUCCUGGACUUGUGUUGUGCUUCUUUGCCAAAUGUUUAUGAACAAGACAAAUGGGUUAACUGAUGAUCUCUCAGAAGAUCUUAUUCUGGAUUUUGUUAUGGAGGCAUGUACACGAACUUCAUUUCUUUUGGAUGUUCUCUCUCAAGGUGGCAUUCCUAAAGUGAAAAAGAUGAUGGUAUAUAGUCUUGAAAGUUGGUCAGUUGCUGAAGAUUUAUUUACAAGGCUGCCAGGUCCUAUGCCUUUGGUGAAACAAUGGGUGAAGAUAGAAUGCAAAUGGAAUAAGAAACUGGAUGUGGACGAUAGUCCAACCUUAUAUGAUUUGUUAUCAUCCUCUCCAAAAUUGUCAAAGAGGACAAUUGGCAAAAUUUUACAGCAGGAGCUUCUUGCAUAUGAAGGAAUGGGCACCAUAUACCCUGAAUUGUGCCAGCAAAAGCAAAUUAAAAUAAUAGAUAUCCUCUUGCAAGAUAUUUACUUCACACAAGAUUGUUAUUUAGAGAGAUCAAGAAUUUUACUACAAAAAGGGAGGGCUUUGAGGGCCAGUGGGUUUGAAGGUUUGACCGGCUGUAUUCAAUGUGUGUCUGAAGCAAUAUCUAUUAUCAAUGAAAAAUGCUGCAACACAAGUCCAACUUGUCUUCAGUUAGCCGUGGCAUAUUGCUUACGGGCAUUAUGUACCCAAGAAGCUGUACCAAACUCAAAGCAAGUCCUUCAAGAUGUCAAAGCUGCCUUAAAUGUAUGGUUGAGCAUUCCAGUUCCAGAUGAUGGCAGUAUCUUAUCUGAUAGUGCAAUGCCAUUACUGUAUAAUAUAUUUGAUUUAUUAUCAAUAAAGGGUUCAAUUGAAUUUCAUGAUGACAUGUAUAAGCUGAUGAUUAGAUUAUUUGAACAAAAACAUGUUCCAUUGGAGAAGUUCUUGUCCAUGUUGUGGGAGAGUAGAAGGCUUAGCCAUGCCCUUUGUGUCUCACCUGUAUGUGAUGAAUUGCUGAUGAGCUUAUCAAGGGAUUAUGGUGAACAAUUCAAGUCUAUUGAUUUUUGGAUGCAUUGUCUGAAGGAAUCCCCACCUUUACUAAUUGGGUUUCAGCUAAAUUUUUCAUAUUUAUUUACAAGCAUUUCCUGGGACUCUUGUAAUCACAGAACUUCUUUUCAAUCUGACAUCACAGUUGAUGAUGCUAAACAGGCUGCUUAUGAACUCAUUUCAAGAGUUCCUGUGACCUGCUAUUCUGUUUUCUUUGCUGGAUGCCUUUUCUAUGAUUUGUGUGAAAAACUCCUUGCAAGCGGACAGUUAUCUGAGGCUCUUUAUUAUGCAAAAGAAGCCCAUCGAUUGCGUACUAGGCUCUUCCAAGAGAAAUUUACAUACUCUGUUGAGCAGGAAACUGAAAAGCAUAUUGAAGCUGGGGACCAUACCCAAAAGCUUGCAUAUGGUCUUAGCAAUCUUCAAGUGAAAAAGUCAGCUGCUAGUGAACUUUGGUAUUCUGAUACUAUUUCAUUAGAUUUUGAAGACUCUUAUAUUAGUCCAUGGAAAAUACUUCAGUGUUAUCUUGAAAGCACUCUUCAGGUUGGAAUUGUCCAUGAAAUAAUUGGAAAUGGAGGUGAAGCCGAAACUUUUCUUCUGUGGGGAAAAAACAUCUCCUGCCAACAAAGCUUGUCCCUGUAUAUAGUUGCAUUCUCUUCAGUUUUAGGAAAACUAUAUCGCAAGAAAAGGUCUUGGGAUCUAUCAGAGAAGGAACUUCAAAGUGCCAAACAGACUUUAGCACUUAAUUGCUCUGCUUUUUCUUGCCAAAAGUGCAGAUUGGUGCUGGAAAUUACUAUUGAUCAGCAGCUUGCUGAUUUAUCCCGAAAUCGUAUUUUUUAUGCUAAGGAUGUUUCAAUGGAAUGGUUACAUGCUGCUGAAAGAUUGUAUAAAUCAUCCCUUGACAAGUUGAACUUUUCUGUGUGGAAAAACUCUAUUAGUUGUCCUGAAGAGGUUGAAGAUGGAAUGAGAAACAAAUUUCCUUGUCCAUCAACAGAUAAUCCAGAUAUGACAGAUUCUGUUUCCACAACGUCAAAGCCGAAUGCUAAAGUGAAAACUCGAAGGUGCAGACAGACUAAGAAUAAUGCAAGUUCUUUACCAAAGGAGCAAUCUUCUAUGAGUGGGUGUAAUACAAGACUAACUCGUUCUAGAUAUCGUUCUUCUCAGAACCAAAACUCGAGCAGUUCUACUGAGGUACUUGUCCUUUCAAAACAUAUCAAUGGCAACAAUGAGUGUGAUUUGUCUGAUGCUGUCAACCAAGGGAAGUCACUCUCCCAAAUAAGGAACAGCACAGUUAAUUUUACAGGUGAAGUUACAUGCAUUUGCAACAAAUUGAAGUGCUGGUUUUGUAUUGCUGUGGAAGUUCAGCAGUCUGGAUUAUUUAUGAAUUAUAUAUAUAUGAAAUGGGAGCUCAUCCGAAGGCAGCUCUCCCUGAGGGUACUCGGUGGCAGAGGAAAAUGCCUAGAAAUUCAUGGUCAAAUCCAUGAAGCACAUGAGAAUAUUCUCCAAAGUAUCUCUGUUCUAUUCAGCCGAAACCCAUUCAAUCAAACUUAUGCUCCUGCUUCCUUCUCUUUUUUGCUUGAUUUGGUUGGGAGGGAGUUCUCUGGGGAUGUUUUUGCCAUUGAGCGUGCAGCUUUACUUUACAACAUAUGCUGGUUUUCUUUGAAGGGUUACUGUUCCAAAGACAACAGGAACAUCUGCUGUGAUCUAUCCCAUGUUCAGUUACCAAAGAUAGUUUCUUGCUUGAUGCUAGCUUUCGUGCUCUGCCGUGAAGUUCCAAUACUUUUUCAGAAGGUUUCCAGAUUGUUGUCUGGUAUUUAUAUCCUUUCUUCCUCCAGUGAACGCUUUUCUUUGCCGCCUUGCAAAGUGCUCUCUGAGGGUCACUGGGCUUCUUAUUUUCAUCAAGCUUCACUUGGUACUCAUCUCACUUGCCAGUUCUUUUCAAGUAUCACUGGGAAACAUAAAACUGCAAACCUUGUAGAUGAUCAGGGCUCACAAGUAACUGGAUUAACGUGCAACUUGCCCAGGCUUGCACCCAAGUCUGUUAAAGAUCUGGAACAAUUUGUGACAGAUUUUUUUUCGAAUCUUCCUUGCACCACAGUCAUUUGCAUAAGUUUGAUAGAGGGUCCUUAUGCAACUUUAUUACAAGAUCUACUGAUGUAUCCUUCAUGCGCUUGUGCCUGGAUGCUGUUGUCACGGUUGAAUUUUAAGAGCCAACCUAUCGUGAUGCUUCUGCCAGUGGGCUCAAUUUCUGAAGAAGCUUCAGAUGAUGAUGCAGCAAUUUCUGGCUGUGGAGAGUUUUCAGAGAACAAUGACAUGGGUAAACAUUGGCAUUGUCCUUGGGGUUUCACUGUUAUUGACAAAGUCGCUCCUGCAUUUAAACUUAUAUUGGAGGAAAAUUACUUGUCUUCAUCAACCUUUCCUUUAGAGGACACUAAAGAGAAUAGAAAUUCAUGGUGGAUGAGGAGAAAGAAGUUGGAUUGGCAGCUCGGCAAAUUGCUAAGGAAUUUAGAAGAUUUGUGGUUGGGUCCCUGGAGGUUUGUGCUUCUAGGAGAAUUUUCCAACUGCAAACACCUGGACUCUGUGCAGAAAAAGUUGAUACGUAAUUUGAAAUCUAAAUGCAAAAUGGAUGUAAAUGAAAGUUUUCUCAAGGUUAUUCUUGGAGGAAGGUAUGCUUUAGAUGGAGGAGACUUUUUUGCUGACUUGGUAUAUCUGGAAAAGAGUUGCUUCAUUGGGAAAACUCUAUAUUCUGAUGAAGAAACAUGCCAGACACUAUAUAAUGAACCUGAAGGAAUUGAAAAACUGUCUGACUUGGCCAUCCAACUGCUUCAUGAUGCUUUGAAUGAACUUGAAGAGGACUCUUUAAAUAGAGAACCAAUAAUUUUGGUGCUGGAUUGCGACAUACAGAUGCUUCCAUGGGAGAAUUUACCUGUUCUUAGAAACCAAGAGGUCUACCGGAUGCCUUCUGUUGGCAGCAUCUGUCUGACACUUGAUAGAAGCUGCAACCAUCAAGAGCAAGUUCAGCAGAAAAUUUCUGCCUUCCCUUCUAUAGAUCCCUUAGAUGCAUUCUACUUGUUGAAUCCUAGUGGUGAUCUAAACAGCACACAAGUUGAGUUCGAGAACUGGUUUAAAGUACAAAAUUUGGAGGGGAAAGCUGGAUCUGCUCCCACUGCAGAAGAAUUGAGUUCAGCCUUAAAAAGCCACGACCUCUUCUUAUAUUUUGGCCAUGGAAGUGGAGCGCAAUACAUUUCCCAGCAAGAGAUUCAAAAACUGGAAAAUUGUGCUGCUACACUUCUGAUGGGAUGCAGCAGUGGUUCUCUGUCGUUACAUGGGUGUUACACUCCACAAGGUACUCCCUUAUCCUAUCUUCUAGCUGGUUCUCCCAUCAUUGUUGCAAAUCUUUGGGAAGUCACGGACAAAGAUAUAGAUCGGUUUGGGAAGGCUAUGCUUGAUGGCUGGUUAAAGGAAAGAUCUAAUGCUUCCACAGAUUGUGCUCAAUGCAAUUUACUAUUGAAAGAAUUUGAGGCAUUAAACUUGAAGGAUCCCAAAGUUACUACCAAAAGAAAAGUCCAAAAGAAGAAAGAAAUUGAAACUUGUGAUAGUGAUUCUUUAAAGAAUUGUUGUAACCAUAGACCACGGAUUGGAUCAUUCAUGAGUCAAGCUCGUGAAGCUUGCACUCUCCCUUUUCUUAUUGGAGCAUCUCCAGUAUGUUAUGGUGUCCCUACAGGCAUAAGGAAGAAGAAGGAUUUGUAAGAAUAUCAACCAGUCAUUUUAUUUCAGGAUUUUAAAGAUAAAAUUGGAUGGACAAGAAGCCAAGACCCAAUACGACAGGUUAAGCAUCAGCUGCCGAACUGUGCCAGAAGAUUCAGCUAAUGGCCACUGUUAAUUCUUUUUAAUUUCCAUACUUGAUUCUCUCUUUUCUUUUCUUUACUUUUCCUCAAAUGAUGUGCUUAGACUAAAAAUUAUUGGGGGCAUGUGAAUUUGCAAUAUUUCCCUGAAAAUCCUUGUGUAAUACCAAAAAUUCAUUUUUCUAUAAAUGUAUAUGUAGUUCAUCCAAGGAAUUGGAGAAUUUGCUUUAGAUAUUGUACAA